AUGGGCUGUUCCGAUUCGGCUCCGCGGUUGCCCGCCGAGCAGUCGAACGACGCGCCGCAUUCCGAGCCCCAACUGGUCCAAGGCCAACCCGACCACGAACCUGGCGUGCAUCCCAUGCGAGUGCUCGUCCUCGGCUCGCCGCGAGCAGGCAAAAGCACGCUGAUCAACACCAUGCUGCGACUGUGCGGAGAAAAGUACAACGCCAGGAUAAACCGGUACGCCACCAUACACAAGACGGCCCUGGAGUGCCUGGCAAUCCUGGUCCAGAACGUGGACAAGCAAGGCGUCGAACUCGCAGACUCGGACAUGAAGCGGGAAGCCAACUUCUAUCUGUCCAAGUGGCGAGCCAGAAAGGACUGCGCUGGCCUGGACCCCGAAGACGAGAAAGAACUGUGGAGACUUUGGGAGAACCCCGACGUGAAGAAGUGCUAUUUGAAAUGCAGAGAUCGCGUGCUGAACGAAACCAAUGCACUGUUCCUGGCGGACAUAAGCAACGUGGGGGAUUUCUUCACCCUGGACGCGGAAGAGGAUAAGCCCAUCACGCAGAAGUAUGUGAUUCCGAACAAGCGUCUACCGCUGAGUGUAUAUUACGCUGGCAGGGAGUUUCUAUCUCACCCCGAGUACCAGGAGAGACUGGGUUUGGCCCAGGGCAUUGUGUACGUGGUGUCAGCGGCCGAGUACGACGUUCGCCUGUCCAGAAACCCCGUCAAGAACAGGCUGCUGGAGAGCGUGGAGGAGUUCCGGCAGCUGGCCAGCCACCCCAACCUCUCCUACACCUGCCUUUCCCUGUACAUCACCAAGAUCGACAAGCUCGAUUACAAACUAAAACAUUGCCCCAUGUCGAAACUGCCCGAGUUCAACUAUCACGGCCGUGGUGGUACGGACGACGUGCUGGCGUUCAUUCUCAGUUUGUUUCCCAAGCAAACAAGCCAGGGUGACCCUAUACUCCAAUUCACCAGCGACAUGACCUGUCUAAGCAGCAUGCAGAACCAGCUCCAAACCAACCUGGUUGCCAUAGCAAAGAAGGCCGGCAGAGCGGACGAGGACAUCGAAACCAUCAUCCGCUUAGCCCUGAGCGGCGGGCAAUGA